AUGGAUUGGAAUCCAGCAAACGAUGCACAAGCUAUGGCUCGUAUUUGGCGUCCGGGACAAACUAGAUCGGUUAAUUUGUACCGGUUAGUAACAGCAAGUGGUAUGGAAGAACGUAUAUUUCAGCGACAAGCAGCUAAAUUAGCUUUAACCAGUCAAACAUUAGUCAAUACAUCAAUGUAUAAUACAAAUAUUUUGGAAUUUAUUGAGACAAAAAAGAAACCUGAUAAAAAUCUUGGAAUUCUUACUCGUGAUGAAUUGAAAGAAUUAUUUCUCCUUCCCAAUACAUCAUCAGGGUCAUGGACUCAUGAACUUAUUCAGUGUAAUUGUAAUCAGUCUCUUACUUGUGAGAUGUAUGAUCCUGUGCAACACAUAUGA